AUGUCUCAACAAAUAAUAGAAGCUAUUCACAGCCUGGUGGAUACAGUGUCUGAAUCUUAUAACGAUUUAAAAUCUAACCAAUUAGAUGGCUCAAGCAUGGGAAAUCCUGCAAAUCCUGUCUUGGCUAAUUUUGUCAUGGAUUAUGUACUGAGGAAAAUUAUUGAUAGUCUUCCGUUUCAGGUUCCUUUUCUAAAACUUUAUGUGGAUGAAACAUUACUUGCUGUGCCAGGUGAUGAGGUGGAUGGCCUAUUGGAUCAUUUCAACAAUUUUCAUGAGAAGAUCCAGUUCACAAUGGAGAGAGAAAAGGAUGGGGAGCUGGGGUUCUUGGAUACAAUUGUCAUUAGAAUGGCUGAUGGAGAGUUGAGGACUAAGUGGUUUCAAAAAUUGAUUAGUUCGGGGAGGUUGCUGAACUUUAAUUCUCACCACCCACUUGCCCAUAAAACAAGUGUUGCACUAGGUUUAGUAUAUCGUGCUGUGACGUUGAGUCACAGUAUGUAUCACCAAGAAAACCUUAACAAAGUGCGAGUUAUUCUGAAGAGAAAUAAUUAUCCUACUGAGUUCAUCAAUUGCUGUAUUAAUAAAUUUAAUAACAAACAUAUGAAUGAUAGGAGGGAUAAUUUGAUAGCUGAUAAGCAAGAAAAUCGAUGCAGGUUCCCUUACAUCAGGGGCUUAUCGCAAAAUAUUAUGAGAUAUUUAAUAGUAACGGAUUGGAAACCAGCAUUCUAUAACAUAAAGAAGGUUGGAAACAUAUAUACAAGAUUAAAGGACAAGGUAAAAACUAAGGAUAGGUCUGAGGUUAUUUACAAAAUUAAUUGUAGCUGUGGUUUGUGUUACAUCGGUCAAACAAAGCAAUAUCUGAAAAAAAGGGUUUACCAACAUCGGUACAGCUGUGAGGAGAAGAACAGGGAUAAAGAAAAUCAAACAACAUUAGCGGCUCAUCAUUUUCAUUCAAAUCAUAAUUUUGAUUUUGAGAAUGUUAAAAUUAUUGAUUCGGAGUCAAAUUGGUGGAAGAGGAACAUCAGUGAAAUGGUUCAGAUUUGUUUACAUGACACAGUGAAUUUAACCGGGAACAUCCGCGCCGCCCAGUGGAGUAAAGUCAUACUACUGGCGUUUCGGGCUAUUCGCUCUGUGCGCGACUUCAGCGCCAUGGCACGUUUGAACUACAGGGGGCUAUUGUAA